AUGAAGUUCACUGCUCUUGUUGCAGCUUUUGCUGCUCACGCUGCGGCCGUGAGCGUCUCUGGCGCAGCUGAGGGUUUCGCCAAGGGCGUUACUGGCGGCGGGUCCGCAUCUGCUGUCUAUCCUUCUACCACUGACGAGCUGGUCUCUUAUCUCGGUGAUAGCUCUGCUCGUGUCAUUGUUCUCAGCAAAACCUUUGACUUCAGAAACACUGAGGGAACUACUACCGGCACUGGAUGCGCUCCCUGGGGUACCGCCUCUGCUUGCCAGCUUGCUAUCAACAAGGACGACUGGUGCACCAACUAUGAGUCUUCCGCGCCGUCUGUCUCGGUUUCCUAUGACAACGCCGGUUCCCUCGGUAUCACCGUUGCCUCUGACAAGACCCUCAUUGGUGAGGGCUCUGCUGGUAUCAUCCAGGGCAAGGGUCUCCGUAUUGUUAGCGGUGCUAGCAACAUCAUCAUCCAGAACAUUGCUAUCACCGAUAUCAACCCCAAGUACGUUUGGGGUGGUGAUGCCAUCACCAUCGAUGACAGCGACAUGGUCUGGAUUGACCACGUUACCACUACUCGCAUUGGUCGCCAGCACAUUGUCCUCGGAACCGACUCCUCCGGCCGCGUGACUCUCUCUAACAACUACAUCAACGGUGUGUCCGAUUACUCUGCCACUUGCGACGGUUACCACUACUGGGGCAUCUACCUUGAUGGAUCCAGCGACCUGGUUACCAUGAAGGGCAACUACAUCUACCACACCUCCGGUCGUAGCCCCAAGGUCCAGGGCAACACUCUCCUGCACGCCGUCAACAACUACUGGUAUGACAACAGCGGCCACGCCUUCGAGAUCGGCUCCGGUGGUUACGUCCUGGCCGAGGGCAACGUUUUCCAGAACAUUGGUACCCCCGUCGAGUCUCCUGUUGACGGCUCUCUCUUCACUGUGCCCAACGCCAGCUCCGGCUCCUCCUGCAGCGCCUCCCUCGGCCGCGUCUGCGUUGUCAACGGAUUCGGCUCCAGCGGUACCUUCAGCCAGAGCGACACUGACUUCCUCACCAAUUUCUCCGGCAAGAAUAUUGCUUCCGCCUCUGCCUACAGCACUGUUGCCUCCAGCGUCUCUUCUGGUGCUGGCCAGGGUAAUCUGUAA